CUGAGUUACACGUCAAACUGGAAGGCGAUGUGUUUCACCUUCCACCUGUCGGCGCAAAAUGACGGCAACUACUCCCACUCCUACUGGUCAUGCAGUGAACCAUGGAAAUAUCGCCUGGAACUUUCGCUGGCGGUGCAGCGCGAGCGAAGCGAUGAAGAGGAGGAAGUGGCGCCCCUCUCAGCUCUGCUGCACGAACAGGGGCUCUUCACGGCCGGUAUGCUGAACCCGUUUAUAUUCACGUAUGGCGAGAGCUACCUCAUCUCCGCGUUCCAGGAAGAGGUGCUGUCGCUGCCGCCGCCGUACGAGACGAUGUGCAGCAAGUACGACAGCAAGGGCGGCGAGUACAGCUACGCCGACGGCGUCGUGCAGUCCGAGGAGUGCAGUAGCAAGUGCAUCGCGGACAAUUGGCAACAGCACUGCAGCUGCUUCUCCAAACUGUACUCCGUGAAGCAUAGGCGCCACGGCCCCAUCUGCGAGUACAUUGACCACCUUAGGUGCACGGACAAAAUGAAGCGGCAACUUUGGCUGCACAGCUGCCAGUCUGCGUGUACGAGACCCUGCCGUGAGGUGCGUUACAAGGGCCUGGUGUUCCGGACUGGAGUCGUGAUGGAAACGUCAGACAAUCGUUCUCUUGUGCAUGUCACAGUGGUCAUGGGUUCCAACAAGAAGAAGACAAUCUACACCUUUCCCCGGAUACCUAUGGAAGAUUUGAUGAUCUACAUUGGAGGCCACGUGGACAUGUGGUUGGGCUUCGCACUCAUCGGAGUCUGCGGAGUUGUACUAGACUUUGCUGUGAAGUGUUCCAAGUGGUUUAGUCGGUAAGUACUGACGCUACUGUACGACGUUCAUGCAAAAGUAUCUCGUGCACUCAGCAACUACAAGCAUC